CUUCCAAUCAAUUUAUUAGAGAAUUCUCAAGGGACGUCUGUGACAUUAGAACUUAAAAAUGGAUUUAAAUAUACUGGAAUUCUCGAUCGUUGUGAUCGUAUGAUGAAUAUUCAUCUCAAAAAUGCUAUUUUGAUUAAGCCAAGUGGUGACCGUUUUAGUGUUUCAAAAUUAAUUGUCAAAGGAAUAAGUAUUCGUUGUUUCUCUGUUGAUGAAUCGUUGUUAAAAAAGAAUGAAAAAUAA